CCAUGUAGUAGCAUUAUUAUUUAAAUUAGAAGCAGCUUCACGUUAAAAAUUACACAAAACUUCUCCUACAAGUAUCUUGUGUACUAGGAAAAAAUGCAAAAAAUCUGUUCAACCUGCUCCAUUGCAGCUCAUAAUUUUUGCCGACCUCAAAAAAAUUUUUUAUAAAAAGUUUUGGCUGUAAAGCUACCUUUAAAAAAACACUUUUCCAACAAUAAUCCAAUGGAUGGUGAGCACCGCUUAACAGCUAAAGAGAUGGAAAAACUUUUUUAAAAAAUUUUUACGAGUAUUAAUCUUACAGAAUUUAUGUCUGUUGAAUAUGACUCUAGUGCUACUGAAACUUCAUCUGUUGAAUAUGACUCUAGUGCUACUGAAACUUCAUCUGUUGAAUAUGACUCUAGUGCUACUGAAACUUCAUCUGUUGAAUAUGACUCUAGUGCUACUGAAACUUCAUCGGAGACUUCAUCUGACUCUAGUGCUACUGAAACUUCAUCGGAGACUUCAUCUGACUCUAGUGCUACUGAAACUUCAUCGGAGACUUCAUCUGACUCUAGUGCUACUGAAACUUCAUCGGAGACUUCAUCUGACUCUAGUGCAACUGAAACUCUAGUAUAAAUUAUAAUAUUGAAACUUCAUCGGAGACAAAAGAGACAACACUUCCUUAAACUCUCACAUAGAUAUAUGAUCCAACAAGUAUAAAUUUAUCUGAGGAUAAGUUGAUCAUUUUUUGCAAGUAUAUAUAACAAUUAUAAAAAUGAUAAUAAUCAAAGACAGUAUAAUAACUUAUGCAACCAAACAAAAACACAAUCAUUGAAUCCUGUUUGGAU